AUGUCACUGAUACUACUAGACUCCUUAAGGGAUGAUUUGAAUGAAUCUCACCGCAAUGCUUUAAAAUUUGACACCAAGCUAUACCAAUUAUCAGAGAAGUAUCUUGGAGAUCUUCUAAUCAAUGAUGAAUUGUUAUCAACGGACCAAUUCACCACAACAGCCACCAAUUCCAAAAAUAUUACUCAGGAAAUUGCUGAACUAGAUCUACAACAGCAUCAAAUCAAUAAACAAUUGAGUUCAUUGACGGACUCACACAAGGAUUUAAUUAUCGAUGUCAAUUAUGAUCUUAAUGAAAUUAAUCAAAACUUGACCAAUGAUUAUGCAAAAACAGUCGCUGCUUUGAAAAAGAGUUUAAAUAUUGAUUCAAAAUUCCAUCCAACUGAUUACAAGUCACUGCGGGAUUCAAUCUUGUCCAAUAUAGACACAAUAUUGGAUAUUUUAGAACUUCCAACACUAUGCCGACUUUGUAUCUUACAAGGCAAUUAUCAGGAAAGUUUGGAGAUUUCGAUAUUUAUCAAGUCAUUAAUUAUUCGAUUUCCUAAGCUACAGUUGUUUAGAACCAUCUCGAACCAAAUUGAAUCGGAAUUAAAAGUAAUGUUGAAAGGAUUGUUAAAAUUACUAAAUACAAACUUAAAACAAAAUCAUAUUCUCAAGAUUUUCCAAAUUUUGAGUAAAUUGGAAAGUGUUGAUUAUAAAUCCUUGCAUCGGAUCUACUUGAAUUCAAGAUUCAAAUUCAUCAUUAAUGAAAUUGGCAGUUUACAACCAAUUCUCAAAUUCAAUAAACUCACUUAUUUGAAACGAUUUGUUGAAGUUUAUCGAGAACAUAUUUAUUCUUCAAUUCAUAUCUACUACACCAUUUUCAAAAACGAAAUUGAUAAAUUGUUGCUUAACCAAUUCAUAACCACACUAGCUACCAAUUUGUGCCGCGAGUUUGUUUCAUGUAUGCCUCAUAUUGCACCAGUAUCUCAUGAUUCAAUUGAAUCAGAAUUGGAAUUGAAAAAUUCAAUAGACGGAUUGAUUUUACAAUUGAUUUAUCUUUGCAAGUCCUUGUCAACUUAUCAAUUUGAAUUUGAAUCGAUAAUCUUGUCUGAAUUGUGUUAUAAACAUGAACUAAUUCUGGAACUGGAUUGGAUACGUAACCUGAGCAAAAUCAAAAAACAUAAAUAA